AUGCCUUCCAAUGGAAUUUUCAUUUCCGCAAUAACCAUCCUAUCACGAUCAAAGUAUUACUUGUCCUCACUCAGACCUGGUUCUUUCGUGACCUCACUCAUACCUGUGUUACUGGGGGCACUGCUGGCUGGCAAGACAACCGGCCAGUUCUCCAUUGUUAUCCUUGGGGCCACUGUUCUGACCGUUAUAUCGGUUCAUGCUGCUGGCAACCUGGUUAACACCUAUUGUGAUUUUGUGCGAGGCAUUGACAGCCAAGAACGACGCUCCGAUGAUCGAACACUGGUAGACAGUAUUCUCACCCCAGAAGAGGUUGUCCAUCUGGGGGUUCUAUUCUACUUGAUUGGCUGCAUCGGAUUUCUCAUUGUCGUACUGACCAGUCCAGCCCGAAUGGAACUACUAGCUUUGAUGUACUUUUGUGGUAUUUCUUCAUCGUUCCUAUACACCGGUGGUGGUUUUAAAUACAUUGCUUUGGGCGAUAUCCUCAUCAUGGUCACUUUUGGACCGGUUAGCGUGCUCUACUCUUUUAUUGCUCAAACUGGAACAAUUCGGUUGGUCACUCUUCUGUACGCAAUUCCACUGGCACUGAACGCAGAGGCCAUUUUGCAUUCAAACAACACCCGUGACAUUGAGGAUGACCGAAAAGCUGGUUGUGUAACUAUUGCGGUUCUCAUUGGCCCUUCAGCGUCUCAUGUUCUCUUUGCACUGCUGCUAUUCACACCGUACAUUCUCUUCAUCGUGGUAGCCUUCCACUACUCCUUGUGGUUGCUCUUACCAGUAAUCACUCUUCCAUGGGCGUUCCAACUGGAGAAACAAUUUCGCAAUGGCAACCUUCGUAGCCUACCAAAGCAAAUGGCACGACUCAACAUAUAUUUUGGCAUGUUCUACCUGUUGGCUUGUUUGUGUUCACAAUCAAACAAGCUACCUGGACUUUUUCAGUUUUGA